AUAUCAUCCUCUCCCCCUCUCUUUCUUCUGCACCCUCGGGUGAAACUCUUGCCGUCUCUCUCUGACUCUUCUCUGUCUCUCUCUCUCUACUUUUGCACCCGAUCCAAUUCGACGACUCUACGUCUCGCUGCAAUCAUGAGUGACGAGCACCAUGUCGAGGCUGUCACAGUCAAGGCCAUGUUGGACACCCCCGCCCAUGCGCCCGCUGCACAGCCAACCGUCCUCGACGAGAAGGCUGCCGUGGCUGCUCCCUCGAGCGUCACCCCUUCAGCUGACAAGGGCACCAUGGUCGACGACGAUGAGCCUUUAGACGGCACCUACCCUACCGAAGAGGAGCGCAAAACCCUGCGUCACGUCGGUGAACCACUGCCCAAGUCCGCUUUCCUGGUCGCCAUUGUCGAACUGUGCGAGCGAUUCACCUACUACGGAGCAUCUGGUUUGUUCCAAAACUACAUCCAGCGCCCCUUUGACGGCAGAGACGGCCCAGGUGCUCUCGGCCUCGGUCACCAGGGAGCCACUGGUCUUUCCGUCUUCUUCCAGUUCUUCUGCUAUCUUACCCCGAUCUUGGGUGCCAUCAUUGCCGAUCAGUACUUGGGCAAAUACAACACCAUCCUCAUCUUCUGUAUAGUCUACAUUGUCGGUCUUCUGAUCCUCACCUUGACCUCCCUCCCUGUCGCUCUCUCUCACGGCGCCGGUCUUGGUGGCUUCGUCACCGCCAUCCUGAUUAUUGGCCUCGGAACCGGUGGUAUCAAGUCCAACGUCGCACCUCUUAUUGCCGACCAAUACAGGCGUCGCCAGAUGGUUGUCAAGACUGAUGAAAAGACCGGAGAGCGCAUCAUCAUCGAUCCCUCCAUCACCAUCCAGCGCAUCUACAUGGUUUUCUACUUCUGUAUCAACCUUGGCAGUCUGUCCCUGCUGGCCACUCCCUACAUGGAGCGCGAUAUCCACUUCUGGGCUGCUUUCCUGCUCUGCCUGUGCAUGUUCUUGGUCGGUACCCUUGUUCUCGUUCUCGGAAAGAAGUUGUACGUUGUGCGCCCACCCCAGGGAAGUGUCAUUACCGACUGCUUCCGCGUCAUCUUCAUGAUGAUCAAGAACCGCAACAUGGACUCCGCAAAGCCCUCCUACCAGGUUGCUAUGGGAAACACCGCUACCAUGAAAUGGAACGACCAUUUCGUCGAGGAGGUGAAGCGAUCCCUUGUCGCCAUGAAGGUCUUUGCCUUCUACCCCCUCUACUGGGUCAUCUACGGAAACUUCAGCAACAACUUCGUCAGUCAAGCUGGCCAGAUGCGCAGCCACGGCAUUCCCAACGAUCUCAUGCAGAACUUCGACCCCAUUGCCAUCAUUGUCUUCCUCCCCAUCAUGGACAAGUUCGUGUUCCCCGCCCUCCGCAAGGCUAGAAUUCCGUUCCCACCCAUCAACCGUAUCGUCGUGGGCUUCUUCUUCGCCUCCCUUGCCAUGGUGUACGCCGCCGUCAUCCAACACUUCAUCUACACGUCCGGACCUUGCUUUGAGUCCCCCGGUUGCGACGCUUCUCUCGACGCCGAUGGCAACGCCCAAGGAAACGAUAUUCACAUCGCUGCUCAGACCGGUGCAUACAUGCUUAUCGGUAUCUCCGAGAUCUUCGCCUCUGUUACCGCCCUCGAAUACGCAUACACCAAGGCUCCCCCAAGCAUGAAGUCGUUCGUCCAGUCUAUGUACCUCCUUACCAACGCCUUCGGUUCCGCCAUCAGCGAAGCUCUCGUCCCCGUCCUGGUUGACCCCAAGAUCCAGUGGAUGUACGUCGGUCUCGCUUGCGCCAGUUUCGCCACCGGUAUCCUCAUCUGGGUUCUGUUCCACCACCUCAACGAGACUGAGGAUGACAUGAAUGCCCUUGAUAAGGAUGAGUUCGAUCAGGAGACGCCUCGGGAGGCUAGCUUGAAGCAGGUUUAG